UUACAGAGGCUAUAGUCCUAUGCACACUGGGAGUCAACCUUACUGAACUAAAUUAGACUUAUUUCUGAGUAGACAUGCUUCAGCUUACACUGACAUUGUGUCUUAACUUACAAAUCAUAGUUUUUCAAGUGUGGUCUUUCCCCCCCUGGAGCAGUUGCUAGAACAGGGGCUGAAACCAUAUAUGAAAUAGACUAGGGGAGCUAUUUCAUAGACUGAAAAGUGGUAAUUGGCUAUUUUUAUAUGUUCAGUCAUUAAAGAGAUGCUGAUUUAAAGAUUGUCAAUAAAUAAGGAAAGAUGAAAACCCAACCCAAACCCACAAAGAAACUCCAGUAAACUGCAAAAACAAGGAAGAUAAGUGUCCAUAAUAGUUGCAAUGAAAAGAUUUAUUCCUACAUGUCUGGAAAUUACUUUAAGACCAGUACAGAAAAUAAUAAAAAUUAAUAGGAAUAAAAAAACUAUAUUGAUUUGACUUCUACAUCAGAUUUGGCCCUUUGUUGGGGGAAACACAUGAUGAUACAUAUGUUGAAUGCAAAAGCUCAAUCUACAUGAAUCCUACCUGCUGACGGAGGCACUCUCUUCUCUCCAAAUCUUGCUACAAGUCAAUACUUUUGGCGAUCCUACAAGUAUGAGCAGAAGCUUUUGUGAUUACCCUGCCCCCAUUGACAAGUUUAAUAUCUAGAAAGGAGCAAUAGGGAAAUAUAGGAUUCCACUAGUAGAAUACAGAAGUUGUAAUAUACAUACAGAUUGGAGGGUUAAUAUGGGAGGAAAAUAUACGACCUAAUAUAAUAUAAUAUAAUAUAAUAAUGAAAAACUUUAGAGGGCUGUGCAGGUAGCUUAUUUCAUGUUGAUUUCUAAUUAAGCCAAUUAUAUAUAAAUUUGCAAUUCAAGCCCUACCAGAAAGCCAGCUGAAAUGCCUUAGAAAGCAGAGUAAGUUCCACUCCACUGGGGUAGCAGGAGAGGCAUCCGGGGGUGACACCCUGCCAGAAGUAGACUGGUGUCUAGGUAGGAAGUAUCAGCUGUGUAGAUGUCCCAGAGAAAACCAGGUUUGUGGGAGCAGGUGUGGCUCUGCCAGUUGCAAAGCCCCCUCAAUUCCCAACAUGUCCAUGGAAUUGAGAGUACCCCAGGGCUGGCAUAGUCAAUUGCCUUUCAUUGCAGUCAGUGUGAGGGAUAAAGCUGUCAUCGUCGUCCCGUCCCCCAAUUUCCUGCUUUGACACAGUGAAACAUCAGUUCAGCGGAUCUGGUAGUUGCUUUGCCUACACGACAGGAUUGCUCUGCCAAAUGGCUAACUAAAAUAACCCAGCUCUCAUCACUGAUUGCUAAAUAUGUUUGAUAUAGCUUUUGGAAAAUGUCCCAAGCUCAGGCAGGGUAACUGGAGAGCACCCACCAGGAAUACUUCUCUGUGUGUCUCCCUUAUUCACAUUGGACAUUCACUGGGCACUGUCAUAAAUUUCCCCUGGUAUUUAUUUAUUUAUUAUUUUAUUUACGUUUCUGGUGGAUUCUAGAGACAUUCCAAAUAUCACUAAUGGACCAAAGUGUGCUUUUUGAGCCAUUUGUUCAUUUAUAAAAUUUAUAUUUUGUCCUUCAGUGGUUGAUCAGAAUUUAUAGGGUAGUUUCAAAAGAGUUAAAAACAACAAGAAAUAUUACAAAGGAAAUAAAAUAGGGCAAUCAGACUAAAAAAGUGUUUUUUAGACAGGAAGAAUUAUAAUGCCUUACUUGCCUCCCACAGCAAGUUGUAGACCUCUUUCUCGGUCUCUCUUUCUCUCCAUCCCUCUGAAUGGAGGAGUUGUCAUUUUAGAAAAAUUAAGUAGGUGCUUAAUAGUGUGCUAAAUCAAGUACAGCAGGAUGAUGUGGGAGCCAUAGAGCCUGAUUUCUAAUUCUAAAAAUAGGGGGCAUGUGACCACUUCAAAUUUACCAGUUGAUUAGAUUUGGCAUGCUCAGAGGGGAGGAAAUUUUACCAUAUGGAUGUCCCAAGUGAGAAUAUGCUUAUUGCUCUGACCACUUAAGUUCAUAACUAUGUAAUGUGACUAGGUUUAAUUCUGCCUACUGUGGCCCAACACUGUUUACGGUUUCAGGAUUUGUAUGAAGGGAGGGUAGCAGUUCACACAAUGGAUCUUUCCCUUUCCCCCCCUAUGCCCCUCACCCCAUAAAAACUUAUCCAAAGGACUGGAGAAUCUACCAAACAUUUUAGGAUAUGUUUUAAUGGGCUGCAGUAGUGAAAAGAGUCCUCCAUAUGAUUUGGAGUGAUUUCAGAAUGGCCCUUGAUCCUCUGGAGAGGCUUUUUGAGGGGCACUGGGGGAAAGCAGGUGUUGAGGGAAAAAUCCAUUGUGUGAUCUCGGCUUUCACUCACGCGACAUUGGAUGCAACCCACAGAUUUUAAGUUACUUGGUUCUGUAAAUCCGCAAAGUUUCACAGUAUCCGCAGUUAUCAUUCAGUAGAAUCUUUCUCUUAUGCUGCCUCAAGUCAGUGGUUUUCAAACUUUCUGACUUCAGGGAACAUUUUUCAUACUGACUUUGGUGUCCCUCUACUGAUGGAAGGAACUUUUGAUCCAGCAGGGCCUUCUAUGAGGAGAACAGGGGCUGAGAUGACCUUCAGUGAUUUCCCCUUUCCUCCCCACAGAAUUCUCCUGCAUUAUUCUGAAGGCUCCACUAGCCCUUCUGAAGCAGGUGUGGGAGGACUUCAGAGAGAGGGAACUGAUGAAGAUCACAUCAAUUCCUGUUCUGCAAAUGGAAGGUUCUGAAGAGCCUUCUGUCAGCUGACAGAUACCAACUGGAUACUGCCUAUGGUUGCUCCAUUAACCAUUGCAUCAAAUCAUGUGGUCAUGAUGAUUUGGGUACCAAAAUUUCAAAAGGAGGCUUUAAAGCCCAAUGCUUUUUCACUGCAGAUAUCUCUGUAAAUGGAUAGAUGGCUCAUAAACCAUAAGAAUUUGACUGUCAAAGUAAUCAACAUACAAUGAAUAUUAUAUGUUGUUUACUUUCCUAUAAUAAAUUAUUCAUGGUAAACACAAGUGGAAAAACUAUUACAACAGAGAACCCUAAGUGAAAAAUUGACAACAUUGGGGAAACUACAGUUCUUUCCUUUCAAAUACAGAUCAUAUGUUGAAUCCUAAAGACUUAGGAAAAAUCAGGUCAGAGAUGAAAACCACAAUAAAGAACAAUUUUAUUUUCAGCUCUUAUGUACCACAUCAGGCACAAUGAGGAAACAUUUCAGUUGUGUUCUGUUGUAUAAGGAAGAACCAACUUUAAAGUACUAACAUGCAGAGCUUGUUAAUUUGAAUUAACAGAAAAUUGGAUUAACAAGUGUUAAGCUUGUAUUUUGAACAGUCCUGUCUUCAAAAGUGUUACUGGUGAAAAUUAUUUUAAAACUACAUUCUCUGUGCUCUUGUGAAAUAUCUUGCUUUUAAUGUAAUGAAUGAGUCUUUAUACAUGAUGUGUGUUGCAUGAAUGUGCAUUAAAAUAGAAGUAGACAGUCGGACAGAUUUUCACACAACUCUCCUUCAGGAGCAUGAUAUGGACAAGGCAGUUCUUCCUGGCAGUGUGCCAGUUUGAAAUGAUUCUUAUGUUUCUAGCUUGUUCAGUCCUAUACAAUUGUCUGGUUUGCACAACACGGUAAGCCAAAUUAUGGCUUACGGGACCAUGGAAACAUGUAGGCUCCCAGACAGGAGCUCACACCCACUUAGCUGUACUCCCUGUUCAGUAAGAGAGGCAGCUCUCUCUUCCUCCUGCUCAGGAACAUUUCAUUGCCCAUUUUGUAGGCAGAGUCAGUCCAGAGACCAAGAAGCUGCAGUUAUUAUUUAUUUUAAUUCUUUUUUUUUAAAAAAAACUAUUUUUAUUGCCUCCCCCAUCACAAUGUGAAAAAUUCAAAUUUAAAACCAGCAAAUACAGUCAACAAAAACAUACUGCUACUGAAGGAAUUUUUUUAUUUUACUUUGACCCAGACCAACACGGCUACCUACCUGUAACAAAAACAUAGUUACAAAUAAAGGACAAUAGAUGAAAUGCAUAAAUGAUUGAAUAGCAACAGUAAUGGUCAAAAACCCCAUAAAAGCUUGCUGGAAUAGGGGAGUUUUUAUCAGGUGUCAAAAGCUCACCCGAGUCAGCAAGGGAGGGUGUUAUGUAGACAGGGCAUCAUUGCAAAGUAAGCUCUCUCCCAGGUUGUGGCAUAACGUAAAAGGUAAAGGGACCCCUACCCAUUAGGUCCAGUCGUGACCGAUUCUGGGGUUGCGGCGCUCAUUUCGCAUUAUUGGCCGAGGGAGCCGGUGUACAGCUUCCAGGUCAUGUGGCCAGCAUGACUAAGCCGCUUCUGGCGAACCUGAGCGGCGCAUGGAAACGUCGUUUACCUUUCCGCCAGAGCGGUUCCUAUUUAUCUAUUUGCACUUUGACAUGCUUUCGAACUCUUAGGUUGGCAGGAGCAGGGACUGAGCAACGGGAGCUCACCCCGUCGCGGGGAUUCGAACCACUGACCUUCUGAUCGGCAAGCCCUAGGCUCAGUGGUUUAACCCACAGCGUCACUUAAAUGCAGGACAACCAGGUGGGCUGCACCUUCGGAUCUUAGUACAUGAGUAGGUUUGUAUGUGAGGAGAUGGUUCUUCAAAUUCCUAGGUCCCAAGUUAUUUGGGGUUUUAUAAGGUCCCACCCACACCAUUAUUUCAUUCCUCAUAGGAAUCCAUGUGCUUUAAAUGUUUUCAUUACAUUCAUUACUAGCACCUUAAAUGAGGCUUGGUAGCCAGAUUGCUAGCCAGCACAGUUCUCUCAGGAUUGUAUACUUUGCCACAUGGGGCAGUGGCUAGCAAGCAAGUCCUGCAACCAUUUGGCCUUAGCACCAAUUGAUAUCUGUACCUAUUCAGAAAUUCAAAAUAUGGUGACACUAUUGGAGCAAUGUUGGAAUUGGCAGCUCGCUCUAUUCCUAGUCCGUGUCAUUUUCGCUUCUCUCCAAUCACACUUCCUCAUGAAUCAGAGGUUGUUGGGAAUUUUUUUUUAAAAAAAGAAUCUGCAGGAAAACUUGCAUAAAAAUACACAAAUAUAUAUUUUAUAAACCAAUAUUCUCUAUAUAUGCAUUUCUAAAUGUCUGUUCUCCCAGAAUGAAGGCAUUCUUGAACAUGUUUUGAUAAAUUUUUGAGCCCCAAACUGCAUCUGAAUAUUCAAGAGUUCCAAAAGCUAGUAAAUUAUUAAGUUUGGAGUCACAUAGUAAUCAGAAUUUGCAAAAAUCAAAAUUUCUAAGUAUUGCUAGGCCACAGCAGCAAUUUCUGGUAGAAGCUGGUCCAUUAGGGAAAAUAGGGCAUUAUCCCACCAACCUCAGUCUGUUCCCAUCCAUCCCUCACCUGUCUGCCUUCUUACAACCAAGUAGUGUUGCCCUUGUACAACUGAUCAGGGAGGAAGAUGGAGAAAAAACUAGAACUAGUUCACUCUGUCCAUCAUUGGGCAGGAUCUCAUCUACUGCCCAUCUCCUUGCCUUCUGCCUUAUAAGUCCCAAUGGGCACCAGCCACCGCUGAUCAUUUCCAUGUACGAAUAUUCUGUUUAGUGGGAGAUUAAUUGUCAGGUUGUGUGUGUUGUUUAUAAUGGUGUAAAAUGGGGAGGGGGUAUUUUUAUAUCAGCUUUAAUGCUACUUGUGCUAUUUACUUAUUGCCUCUAUUUGCAUGUCUUGAGGGCAGUUAGAAACAUGCCAUCUGUUUGUUGUUCUGAGAAGUCUGUCAUUUAUUAAUGGAAGUGAGAUUGUGAGGAAACCCUCAAAUUUCUUCUUCAACUAAGCAGUGCACAUUUUACCUGUGGAAGUUUCUUGUCGUCUUUUCUACUAAAAGAGAUGCCAUUUAAUAUACUGCAUGUUUUAUACAGGAGAAGAAUGUCUUCCAAGCAGGCCACCUCUCCAUUUGCAGCUGAUGGAGAGGAAGCAGCAACCCAGGACUUAGCAUCACAGGAGCAGGAAGAAGGCAACAAUGAAGAGCUUGUGGCUUCCCAUCUGCCUCUACACACCCUAUUGCACAACAAACCUCACUCCGAGGAGCUACCAACUCUAGUCACUACAAUCCAACAAGACGCUGACUGGAACAGUGUUAUCUCAACCCAGCAUAGAAUGGAGUCAGACAGUAAUAAGUUAUGUUCCUUAUAUUCCUUCCGAAAUACUUCUACCUCACCACAUAAGCCCGAAGAAGGAGGUCGUGACCGCAGCGAGCUAAUGACCAGUGUUAAUUUCGGAACUCCAGAACGCCGCAAAGGAAGCCUUGCCGAUGUGGUGGACACACUGAAGCAGAAGAAACUUGAGGAAAUGACCAGAACUGAACAGGAGGAUUCAUCUUGCGUAGAAAAGUUACUUUCUAAAGACUGGAAGGAGAAAAUGGAAAGAUUAAACACAAGUGAACUUCUUGGAGAAAUUAAAGGUACACCUGAAAGCCUAGCGGAAAAAGAGCGACAGCUCUCUACCAUGAUCACCCAGCUCAUCAGUUUACGGGAGCAGCUUCUGGCUGCCCACGAUGAGCAGAAAAAGCUGGCAGCAUCACAAAUUGAAAAACAACGGCAGCAAAUGGACCUUGCUCGCCAACAGCAAGAACAGAUUGCAAGACAACAGCAGCAACUUCUGCAACAGCAGCACAAAAUCAAUCUACUGCAGCAGCAAAUUCAGCAGGUUCAGGGUCACAUGCCUCCGCUCAUGAUCCCAAUUUUUCCACACGACCAGCGGACAUUGGCAGCGGCUGCUGCAGCCCAGCAGGGAUUCCUUUUCCCCCCAGGAAUAACUUACAAGCCAGGUGAUAACUAUCCUGUGCAGUUCAUUCCAUCAACAAUGGCAGCUGCUGCCGCUUCUGGACUCAGCCCUUUACAGCUCCAGCAACUCUAUGCCGCUCAGUUGGCCAGCAUGCAGGUUUCGCCUGGAGCAAAGAUGCCCUCCACCCCUCAGCCGCCAAACACAACAGGGGCACUUUCACCUACUGGGAUGAAAAAUGAAAAGAGAGGGGCCAGCCCUAUAACUCAAGUUAAGGAUGAUGCCGCACAGCCACUGAAUCUUUCAGCCAGACCUAAGACAGCGGAACCUGUCAAAUCCCCAACGUCACCAACACAGAACCUCUUCCCUACUAGUAAAACCAGCCCCGUGAAUGCAGCCAAUAAAAGUGGAAUCCCCAGCCCUAUUGGUGGAACUCUGGGAAGAGGAUCUUCUCUAGACAUCCUUUCCAGUCUUAACUCACCUGCCCUGUUUGGGGACCAGGAUACAGUCAUGAAAGCCAUUCAGGAGGCUCGAAAGAUGAGAGAACAGAUCCAGAGGGAGCAGCAGCAACAUCACCAUGGCCUUGAUGGGAAACUUUCUGCCAUGAAUAACAUGGGUCUAAACAACUGUAGGAAUGAAAAGCAGGAAAGAACACGCUAUGAGAAUUUAGGCCCACAGCUAUCAGGGAAGCCCAGUGAAGAUGGAAAACUAGGCCCAGGAGUCAUUGAUCUUACAAGGCCAGAAGAUGCAGAGGGAAGUAAAGCAAUGAAUGGCUCUGCAGCUAAACUACAGCAGUAUUAUUGUUGGCCAACAGGAGGUGCCACUGUGGCUGAAGCUCGAGUCUACAGGGACGCCCGGGGCCGAAGUAGCAGUGAGCCACAUAUCAAACGACCAAUGAACGCUUUCAUGGUUUGGGCAAAGGAUGAACGCAGAAAAAUCCUUCAGGCUUUUCCUGACAUGCACAACUCCAAUAUUAGCAAAAUCCUUGGCUCUCGCUGGAAAUCUAUGUCAAACCAAGAGAAACAACCUUACUAUGAAGAGCAAGCACGGCUAAGUAAAAUCCACCUAGAGAAGUAUCCUAAUUACAAAUAUAAACCCCGACCAAAACGCACCUGCAUUGUCGACGGGAAGAAACUGCGUAUUGGAGAAUAUAAACAACUGAUGAGAUCUCGAAGGCAGGAGAUGAGGCAAUUUUUUACUGUAGGGCAACAGCCUCAGAUUCCAAUCACCACAGGGACGGGUGUGGUCUAUCCUGGUGCUAUUACUAUGGCAACUACUACACCAUCGCCUCAGAUGACAUCUGAUUGCUCCAGCACCUCGGCUAGCCCUGAGCCCAGCAUCCCUGUCAUUCAGAGCACUUACAGCAUGAAGACGGACAGCGGGAGCCUUGCUGGAAACGAAAUGAUUAAUGGGGAAGACGAGAUGGAAAUGUAUGAGGACUUUGAGGAUGACCCCAAAUCAGACUAUAGCAGUGAAAAUGAAGCCCAUGAGGCUGUCACUGCCAACUGAGGAUGUCUGCUGAAUUAAAGUACUCUGACUUUUUUUGUUUUUGUUUUGGACAAAAAGUUCUUAAAUGAGCCUGCAUGCAUGUGUGGCUCCUACAGUUACAUCUGCAGAAUGGUCUUAAAUGUUUCUUAAUGUGUGACACAGAUUGUUCCCUAAUUUUCAUGAACUUUUUUAAAAAUUUAGGUGAAGACAUUAAGUAUCAGACAUUGGGACUUGAAAACUUAUACAAAUCAAUAGCUGUCUUACAAGUCUUUCCUUUUUUGUCUAUUUUUUUCUCCUCCUGGAUGCUGAGAGAAAGGUUUUAAGUUACUGUUUUAAAUGGGGGUUUUACAUUCUCACUCAGGUAUGCUGUGCCAGCCUACAGGUUGUGAAUGUGUUUUUAUUCUGAAUUAUUUUAGAAAACAAAAACGAAACAAAAAAAUAAGUGCAAAAUUUCCUAUCAUGAAACAGAACAAGUCCUCAUGUGCAUCAGUGUGUCUUUGCUCAUCUUUUUUAAACAAGGUCUCUAAAUUCCAUUUUUUUCUCCACAUGUAUCGCUGACCUUCUGAUGUGCCAAACUUUCAUAACUUUUUAAUCUUAACAUUUUAAAAAAGUCUUAAGGGACACUGUAAAGUCUUAGACAAUCCUUUGGCAUCUUAAAAUAUCUAUAUAUCUUUUUUAAAAGCCUAAUUUUUCCAGAAAAUGGUAACGUACUCAGGAAUCUGGAGACAGGAUAUUCUUAAAAUAGUGAACAUGAUUUCCACAAUGCACUUGCCCAGUUGCUUCUGCCUCUUGAUGUACCAUCAGUAUAAAAUAUUACAUAAGCACAAAAGAGUGAUCACCAGCUACAGACAGGCCUGUCUUAAGAAUGUACGGCCAACUCCAAAUCCUUUCACUGCCCCUUUGCUUUUAACCCUUACAUUCAGUCUUAACUACAUUUUCUCUUAAUAAUGUAUUCAUUCCAGAAUGUCAGGGGGCCACAUACUGAAAAAAAGAAGAAAUUUUAAAGUACUGUUGCGUUUGCAUUAUUUUCAGUUUGUUGUUGACUUCUUUAUAAAAUGCCCCAUUCCCCCCAAAAACCUGUGGUUUUCUUAAAAUAGCAGGAAACUUAAUAGUGAAAGGUAAUUAUAUGCUUAAAUGGGAGAUCAUGUUUAUAUGUGUCGAAAACAUUUGGGAAAACACUAUGAUACAAAGGGAUGCAGAUGCUUUCAGUAUUUGCUUAGUAUGCAUGUGCUAUGUGUCUGUUUUAUACUUUUAGGCCAGGAGUCAAAGAAGUACCCAGUUAGUUCCAUAAAGCAACAGGGCCUGUGUUUUCUCAACCAAAAUUCACCACCUCUUCGCAUGAACCAAAUUUGAAACUGAGGGAAGUUGUUUCAGAAGCAAAUUGUCAUCAUGAUGGUUCAAAGGGGAGAAAGUUACAAAAAUCCAACUGGGUCUGCAUAAGCCCCGAGGCUCCCCUACAGCAGUUCUAAAUUAUCCCUUUCAGGUUCUCUUUACUUUGCAUAGUAUACAACAUCUCACCUAGUCUUUCUCAUGAGUUUCUGAAUUAAAUGCUGUCAUAGUUUCAAAUACUGUACUACAUGUUGCCAUAUCAAUAGCCAACAACCUAAAGGAUCCAUUUACUAUACCCAUCUAUGAUUUUUAUGCAGGAAAAGCCACACAAAUCUUACUAUCUCAUAUAAAUUGUGUGAAAUGCUAGUUUCACUAAACUAAAUAGAGUUCCAAGCUCAUUCUAUUAUUUUGUCAUUCACUGACAUGGUUUUACUAUACAGUGGUACCUCUACUUACAAAUAACUUUACUUACGAAUGUUUCUACUUACGAAUGGAGCUCCGUCCGCCAUCUUGGAUGCGGUUUAGAUAGGGUUGCUUCUACUUACGAUUUUUUUCUCCCAAUGCAUUCCUAUGGGAUUCGACUUACAAAUUUUUUCGACUUAAAAUGUGCAUUCGGAACGCAUAAAAUUCGUAAGUAGAGGUACCACUGUACAUGUGCAGGUUUCAUAUUGUUGCACAAAUACAUGCCUAACAUGCAGAAAACUAUCUAGAGGGCUCCAAGUCUUGCCCGACAAACAAGACAAACAUAUAGCUAUUUUCCAAGCAUAGUAUCAAUAUCAGAUCAAUAUUUGCAAAGUGCUCUCAAGCCUUCAGGUCAAAGAUGCUAUAGAAAUUGUAAUUAUUUAUUUCAUUUCUAAUAUAUAAUUUUGUUAAAUAUAUAAAGAAGCAAGGGAAGGUGGGAACAAAACAUUCCCAAGUUAAUAAUCUAGGUCUUAAUGGAGGUCUUAAUGGAAGUCAGUUUGCCCCCAGAUUUUGAAUUUGAUCAAUUUUAUGCCCCAUGGUCAAGGCCAGAGUCUACUGUUUCAGCUACUUAUUCACUUCAUCAGUACUUUCUACUGAAAACUACACCAUCUCAUAAAUAUGUAUGUUUAGAAUCAGGCCACUAAUAUUGAAUCAGACUCUUUCGGGAUAUUCAACUCUCGGAAAAGUAUUUUGUUUACUUCAUUAUAUCUUUAAUAUACUCCAGAAAUAUGGCAAUUUUAUAGGGGCAAAAUAUUUGUGUCCUAAAAAUAAAGCCAACCAUACAUAUAGUUCAUGAUGUGUAAGCCACGCUUCCAUUACAUCUGUGUGUAACUAGUUGUGUGCAAUUUUCUUUAUGCCAGCAAAAACUCAACAUGAACUGUCUGUGGUGUUGGGACACACAGAUACCAUUUACUAAUCCAGCUGGAGCACUACCCUGCAAAUGCAAUUUCAAGCAGCCUAUUCCAUGCUGCCUAUUAAUUCUGUGAAGCAGGGCUGUGUUGAGAGUUCCACAUAGUGUAAAGAUGCCAUGUUUAAGGCUGGAAGAGUAGCCUCAUCUCUUACUAGCUUUGCUCAGGGGAAAGAGUGCCAGGUUUUAUAAAAACAUUUCUGCACCUUGUUUGAUGGCCAAACCUGUAUGUAAUAAAUGUGUGAGCAUGAACCAGUUCUUCUGAAAACAUGGGUUGCAACCCAAACUACAACCCUGCUUAUGGAGCAGGGGGUUGGACUGGAUGACCCUCAGGAUCCCUUCCAACUCUAUGACUAGGGCAGAUGGGGUUCUUUCCCCUUCCAUAGCUGGCAUCUAGCUUACAUACAAUUCGAUUUUUCAUUAGAUUGUGAUCAUUAUAUAUAUUUUUCACUUCCUUGACUUCAAAGUCUUUUCAUUAAUAGAACCAACAUAAUGACCAUGGCUUACAAUGUGUGAGCAAAUCAUUCGUACUUUGCUCCCCCCUGCUAGCACUGAAAGGAAACAAACCAUAAUCUCUGGCUUGCAAUAGAAACCUCUUUUUUUGCAUUAAUCAGUAUAUAAAUUUAAUCAUGCAUGUUCUUUUUCUUCUGUGGCUGAACUACAGAUUUUGUUUUGUUGUGCUUGGAACAAACCAAGAAGUGAAGCCAGUUUGUUGUUGGCUUUCCUAUCAUGGUUUGUUUGAGCAAAACAAACCAUAACCCCUUGGCUUGGAUGUUAUUCUAAGGCAGAGAUAGUCAGUUUUUCCCAUGGAGCACCUGACAGGAGGAAGCCCAGCAUGGUUCAUUUGUGUACAGUAAACCAUGGUUUGGGGCUUACCAUGACAUACAAACAUAACCAAAAUCAGUGCAGACUGCUGACAUGCUAUCAUACAACCUUGCACAACUAGUAAAGAAAACUAAUGCCCUGACAGCUUUCAGAAGCAGCUGCUGGAGGUAGCUUUUGCGAUAUUAAAAUAGACAAUUUAACCCAGACAAGCAAAUAGGGACUGCUGUGUUUACAAGAUCAAAUACUAUUCUGACAUAUAAUACUCCCAUCAAGCUUUGGCAGCCAUUUUAAAAUCCAAAAUAAAAUUAUCUUUUUUUACUAUUUAUUUGAAAAAUGUUCCUAUGUCUACAGCUGAAGCAAUAAAACUGUUCUAGCUGAGAUGUUAAAAGCACUUGCUGUGUCAUUAGCUGGUGAGCGUCCUCUUUACCUAAUUAAGGUACUAAAAGAAAAUCAUUUCUUAUUAAAAUUGUUUGGAAAUUUGAAGUGUUCUAAUACAUGUAGUUUGGAGCGGAGGUACUCAUUUUCCCCUAAAGAAUGACUAUUUAUUAAUUUUCUACAGGUUUCUCCUGUUAUAAAUCUCUCUCCACCCUACAAUUCAUUUCUUUUCUCUGCAUUUCUUCAUGGUUUUUUUUGUUGCAUAGGUAGAAUGCUGUAUUGCUAACAUUGUAUUUUCUGUAAUUAUUUUUGCACAAAGGCAAACAUUUAGUUUAGUGGGUUAAUUUCUUUUUAUAAAUUUUAUUACCAUGCCAAAAUAAUAUUCUGCAGGCUGGCGGAGAACAAAGGACUGUUCUUUAGGACUGAAACUUGAUUUUGCUCAUAGUACAAAAACACACACUCACAGAUGUUAUUUCGUAAGUGUUAUAAGCACUGGAUAUAAAUGGUAUUUUUUAUCACUUCUAACUAAUGUGAAACUGUUGUACAAAAACAACAUGAACAAAAGUCAUCUGUUUCGACUCGUGUGGGCCUGCCUCACAGUUGCCGGAUUUGAGUCAUUUUUAUGUCUUUGUUAUUUCAUUUAUUUAUGCAAAAUUCUUGUAUGUAUGAAUACUUUGUUUUAGCUCCAGCCCUGCAUCUGUGUUGAUGCUCCAAAACUUAAAGGUGCAUUCUUGACAAUGAAUGGCUCUUCAUGAAUCAGCAGAGGGUAGAAAGCUACUUUGUUGGUCAGUUUGGGUAAAAAAAUUGUAUUUGACUCUGAAUAGUGCAGAAACAGUGUAUUAUAUUUAUUAGCCAAAAUCGGCUCUAAAGUGUCAGUAGAAAAUCAAGGAAGGACAAUCAUAUGGAAACAAACAUUUAUCCCCAUCCUUAAUUGGAGCUCAAAACAAAGUUUUUGAUUAGUCACCAUCUCAUCUUAGUUUUUUUCUUAAUGUGUAAAUAUAACAUAGGAAAUAGAAUUUUAUUUUUUGUUCAUGGAUACCUAGUGAAGUUUAAGUUAUGUAUUUACUUUGUUCUGUAUCAGUGUACAUUGGUCCAUAUUAAAUGCUGACAAAUCACUGUACCUCAUGUAGAUGCUGAAUUUACACCUGCAGUGCGAGAGCAGUGUUGUGGACCUGUAGCAAGGAUGGCAAGUCGCCUCACUUGUGCCCUCUUUCAAAUUGGAAUCCUGUAUUUCAUAAACACUUAACCUUUCAAACUAUUUCACCUGCUUGUAGAACAGGGGUGAGGAACACCUGUGGUCCCUCAAAAUUUUGCCGGACUACAACUCCCAUGAGCCCCAGCCCUGAUGGGAGUUAGAUUGCAGUCUCCAGAGGGUCAGAGGUUGCCCACCCCUGCUAUAGAAUAACAAUCCUCAUUGUCUUUACUCUCUGGUAGUAGCAUCAUAGUUAUUGGGACUAAUAAAAUACUAGUCAGAGAGAUACAGCCUAAUAGCCUGCUCUUCAGGAUUGCUGCAUCAGCAAAUUAGUGCAUAGGAUGUGGAAUGUCUAUUACUCUUGGGCAGCACUACAGCCUAUUACUUCAGCCAAGUGAAAAGAUGUAAAUGACAUUUACAUUCCCAUUUAAAUAAAUGGGGCAAGUUGGUUAUAACUGACAAGUCCCGCUGAUUUUAUUAAAUGAAACAUAACUUUCUCUUGAUUGGGGCCAUGAUGUGUCAUUGUUGUUGCAGGCUGAAGCAACAGCUAAUUCUCUGACACUUUUGCCAAUGUAGUUCUAUAAAAUUCCUCGGAAGUAAAUGAAAUAGUAUAAUUCAUCACUGAAUGGCUUAUCUCCUCAAAAUAUACCACCCAGAUAUAUAUUCAUUCCCUCCUUCCACGUAAUUAGAGUUACUAUAAAAAGCAACUGGCUUAAGAACUGGUUUACUUAAGUGCCAGAUUUCUAGUUUAGUUUGGGCUCAAUUUGCUUCAUAAUUAGUACAUAACAGAAUCUGAUGGACGUUCUUAGAGUUUGUCUGAAAGCAACCAAUGUGAAUAGUAAAAAAGGUGUCAAUGUGAAUGACAAACUAAGUAAAUAAAUAUCACACAUGAAGAAAUGAUUCUCUGGAAGGCCUUUGUAAGCAAUGCCAGUUAUUAAAUACAGCACUAAACCGCUUCAGACCUGUGCUUGGUGCGGAAUAGUAUUGGCAUGUUUGAAAAAGUAAAUAGUUAAAUUGACUUGAUAUUUAACCAAUACAAACUAAAGUCUUAAUAUAACACAAUGUCACAGGGUUUAUGUUUAUAGAGAGGAAAAUAGCUCUGAUCAAAGGGCCCAUUUCUAAGAAAAUAAGUUGUAGUCUUAAACAUCUAUCCAUAUGCUGUGGACAGCAGCUCUGUAGGGGAACAGGCAGUCUUCUGCCUUUCCUGCUAACUGACACUUUUUAACUGGAGAUGCUAGGGUUUGAACCUGGGACCUUAUACAUGCAAUACAUGUGCUUUGUCACUGAGCUGAAGCCCCUCCCCCCUCACAUAAAUGUAUGAGGGUACCCAGAUACGUAGUUUGGGGGAAGCUGUGGGAUUGCCAACUGAUCCAGAAUCAGUGUGCAAGAGGCAGCGUAAAGAGGGGGAUGCUAUUACAACAAGGGAACAACUUGAUAGGUGGGUGCAUGUUAUGUACAGUAAAUUCAGAACCCUGUGAAAAAAGUACAGCAGUAACUUGAAAACAGUGAUUGUUUAAACGACUGUGUAAAUGAAACAAUGAUUGUGUAAAUGCAAGCAUCCCCUAAUACAAAGUUAAAGCAUGAUAUCCUACUGUACCUAAUGUUGCUCUUCGUCUUAUUAAAACCUGACAUUGUUUUCUACUUCACCUAAAAUAACUUCCCAGUAAGAAAACGCUACAAUGCUCCAAUCCAGGAAAGCACUUAAUGCUGGAAUCCCCAAGCCACAUAUUCUGGAGAAGUCCCAAUGGAAGCCCAUGGUGCUACUUCAGAGAAGGUGGUAUGAAGAUCUCAGCCUCAGGCACCAGUUUAGCAUAAAAUAACCAAACCCUUCUACCGAAGUCCAAACGAGUUAGGUAUAUGUUUAAAGCUGAGCAGAAUUUUAUGUGUCUAUCUGGAUUGGAUCUUCAGUACCAACACCUGCUCUAGAAUGCAGCUGGUAGAAUGUAAUAAUAGAGUAUUUCAUAUUUUCAAUUUGAAAAAAUAGUCUCAGAUCCUAGACGUUUGCAUGUGUGUUUAAAGACUGAAGUUGGCACUUAAGCAUGUCCUGUUUAAAGACUAACAUGUGACCUCAUUUGAUUUUCUUUUACAAAAGGCACUUACUCUUUUUCUCAAACUCUUACUUCCCCCCCCCCACUGUCCCACCCGCCGAGUUCCUUUUAUUAUCAACCAUUGUUCUCUGCAGUUCUUGGACGUGUUUGAUAUACUGUAAUGCUACAGUUCCAUGUUAAAAUGCAAAACGCAAAACAAAACAUUUACAUAAGCGGGUUGGUAUCUUUUGUCUUUAUAUCCAGAUUUAUGCUAUUAGACUCCAUACCUUCCCUCUAAAUAACAUGUCCAAGAUUUAAGUUUUAAGAGCCGAAAAAAAGAUAUUCUGAGAUAGUUCACCCAUUGUUUUCAAAGAGGAGGGUGGGUCUGGGGCAUAUGUGUGAAAGGAAAAUGUUUCCAAUUGGUAUUUAUGGCAAUAUGAAAGUUAUAAAGCAGCUUAGUGACACAGUUUGCUUUAUAACUUCUGCUUUCUUCAAAAACCACAAGUGAGGUCCUUGGUGCUCUCAAAAAAGUUUGGGGAAUGUGCAAAUAUUUAACUGUUUCUAUGCUGCACAUUGCAGACCUGUUCGUGUGCAUUCUCCAUAUUGUCUUCCUUUGUCAUUUGUGUUUUGCUUUCUCAAAAGCACAGGGUUGUUUUUCCUGCCCCUGCCCUCCCAUGUACCCUUCAUCAGCCUGUAGCAAAUUUUCGAAUGUUUUAGCAUUUCUGUUCCUUCAUUAUUGUAUUUGCCAUGUACAAAUGUUUUUAUUACGUUAAGACAAGCUUAUAAGCUGUUACUACAUAACUUAUCUUACUGUAACUCUUUUCUUUCCUGACAUUGUAAUUUGUUUGUGAUGUAUAUUGUGAGAUUGUAUUCUAUGUUAAUUUAAUCAGCACAAUUCACUGACAUGCUGGACUGACAUGCUAGCUGCUGUUUCAAAGUGUAAAGUUUUUGUGUAGAGUUGUUGGGGGACAACUGAGACUCCCUUUGUCAAGGUACUAUGCUUUGGUUCCUAUAGCAACACUGUGGGUGUGGCUCCUAUGAUGCUAGGGCUGCUGAUUCUACACCCACAAGCAUUUUUUUUUUUUACUGGCAAGUUUUCCGUGUAGAAAUUCUAUAUACAGUGCAGGUACCUAUCUGGGCCCAGGGCUGGUAAUUAUUUGGGCAUGUAGAGAAAAACAAACAAACCCUAGUGUCUAUUGCUGCUUUGUUGUUUUAAAAAGUUUUAAAAGUCUGAAAAUGUAAAUAGUUUAUCAAAAUAAAUCUUGUACAGUCCAGUGUAAAGUUUUUAAAUGAACUUAAAAGGUUGCCAUUACAUCUCUCUCACACUCUCCUCUUGAAGCAGUUUAAAAAGAAAAGAAAAAAGUUUGCUAAGGAUGUUGAUUUUUUUAAAAGUAUGUGCUCUUAAUUUAAGGGGGGGGGAAACGAAUCAUUCUUAGCUUUGCUUCAUAGCAUAAACAGAUUUCUUGGAUUUUGUUGUGCAGUAUUGACGUGAGGUAAAUUAAAUAUUAAAUAAUUUUUCAGUGGUACUUUUAAGAGUCUUCUCCUCUCCUCAGAAAUUAAUGGAAAAGACAAAACUGAAAAAAGACUGUCUUUAUAUCGUAUAUUCUGGUGUAUGUUGGCACCUUACCAUAUUUGAGGGGAUUUUUUUCCUUUUUCCUUCCUUCCUUUUUUUUUUUUUUUGCACAAGGUGCUUUCCUGAUAUGUUAAACAUGUCAUCAUUGGGUGAUACCAUAUGCCAUGAUAAGGGGUUCUGGCCCCUCAGGGGAGUGUCUAUAAGACUGCCUAUUUAUGCUCAUUUACCUCAAGACUGUCCUCUCUACCCUUAAUCUAUUCACCAUCACUCCAUCUUUUGUACUGCUGUUGACACUUACAGAUUAAAGAUAAAUUUUGUUUUA